ACGUUCAUCACAACUACUACGUACAUAGAUCAGGGUCCGGCAGUUAAAACAGCCCGUCCAGCUAGCACUAUUAAGCAUGGCCACGACUAUUCUUCCAGGCACAGUUGUUCCUGAAGUACUUCUUGGGAAGGAAAAUUACGAGAACUGGAGUUCUUGCAUAAAAAACUAUUUGUUGGCCCAAGAUCUUUGGGACAUCAUUGAAACAAGCAUGGAACCUCCUUGUAAACCAGAGGACGAUGAUCAUGAGGUUGAAUUCAAGGCUUGGAGGAAGAAGAAUGCUGCAACUUUACAUGCAAUUCAAAUUUCAUGUGGGAUGAACAUACUAUCUGAGAUCAAGGGUAUUAGUUCUGCCAAAAUUCUGUGGGAUAAAUUGGCUAAAAAGUAUGAGCACCCCGCACAAGAAGGCCGAGUCAGCUUAAAAUUGCUAGCAGCUGGCGGGGACAACAUGAACCAGACCACUGGGUUUAGUGAGUAUACGAAGUUGUACGAGGCCGUGCGAAACAGUGAGUGGGAAGUUGCAAAUGAGUUCAUUACGCAGCAUCCCGAUUCGGUGAGGGCAAAAAUUACACAUUUGGGACAGACGGUUCUUCACUUUGCAGUCCUUGCUCAGUGUGAAGAUAUAGCCAAAUGGUUGGUGGAGGAGAAGAUGUCGAAAGAAGACUUGGAAAUACGAGAUAAUGAAGGUCUGACAGCUCUAGCUCUGACAAUUAUUUGUGGUUACCAGCGAAUGGUGGAAUGCAUGAUAACAAAGAACCCGGAAUUGGUAACCGUUGGAAAUAAUCGGGGAUUAGAUAGUCCAAUUGUUCUGGCUCUUCGUCAUGGGCAAACAGAAUUGGCCCACUAUCUCUAUGUUACGACCCCGUUUGAAGAGCUACUGCCCGAAAGAGGCCCCCUUGGUGCUACAGUUGUAACCAAAGCUAUACAUACUGCACAUUAUGAUCUCGCUGAGAGGUUAAUCCGGCGUUGUCCACGUUUGGCAAUUACUCUAGACACAGACAACAUCUGCCCUUUGUCCCUAUUUGUUGGUACGAGUUCCCUAUUCGGGGCUGAAUUUCUGAAAGCGCCUUGGAAUCAUAUGACCAUGAUUAAGCUCGUUUCUCCUCGUCAUGCGGAUAUUUUUAAAUAUUAUUUGGACAAUCGAAAGGAGGGACAAACUCAUGCUGGAUCUAUCGGCGGAUCAGGAACCCAUGAUCAGGCCGCCGAUUCAAUGUCGAUCCGGUCGUUAAAAAAACAAUACCUACGUCUUCUGUUUGUUAUGUUUGACUCGAUGAGCUGGACUAUGAACGAAUAUCAAAUCGGGAUAGAAAGUGGUCUUGCGCAAGCAAUCUUCACUGCUGUGAGAGCAGGGAUCAUUGGCUUUGUUAGUUUAAUUGUGGAGGAAAAACGAGAGCUUUUGUACUGGGUCCGAGAUGGCAAAACAAGAAACGUACUUAUGUCUGCUGUCCAACAUCGACAGGCUAUAAUCUUUGGAAUGAUAUUCGGUUUAAAAGAGACGAAAGCUACGUUACUAUCAACUCGAGAUAAUCUCGGCAAUAACAUAUUACAUGUAGCAGGGACGUUAACAGAAUUCUCUCCACUACUUGAGGAUAUCACAGGUGCAGCUUUGAAGAUGCAAACAGAAGUACAGUGGUUUAAGGGGGUGGAGAAGUUGUGCAAUCCCAUGUAUAGGAACGAAAGAAACUUUGCCAGUUUGACUCCUGAACAAGUGUUCACGCAGACCCACAAAAAAUUGAUUGAAGAGGGAGAGCGAUGGAUGAAGGACACGGCAAGUUCUUGUACAGUGGUAGGUGCACUCAUUAUGACUAUUAUGUUCGCUGCAGCAUUUAUCGUCCCAGGAGGUAACAAUCAAGAUACAGGUUUUCCAAUUUUAUUAAACAGAAAAUUGUUUAAGAUCUUUAUAAUAGCAGAUUCCCUAUCGCUCUUUUCUUCCUCGACUUCAGUAUUGAUAUUUUUGGGAAUCCUCACAUCACGUUUUGAAGCGAAAUAUUUCCGAAGAUCCUUAACAGCUAAGAUGAUAAUGGGUCUUUCCACCCUCUUCUUCUCCAUUGCAACAAUGAUGAUAGCCUUCUCUUCUGCUAUUUGAUUAUGUUGUGUGGAGAAUCCUGGAUUGUCAUUCCUCUUAUUGGUUUAGCUAGUGUUCCUAUUUACUUGUAUGUAUCCAUGCAUUUCGGCCUUCUUGUUGACAUGUUUGCUUCAACCUAUGGAUCCAGCACCUUUGAUCGGAAAAUGAAAAUGGGGAUUCACAUGGGUUCUCAUUUUGCAUGAUGUAUAUAUGGAUGUUCUAUCAAUAUGUGGCGUACUAGUCGGGAAGAAUGAGGCCUUUCCCUGGCCGCCUUUUUUAUGUGUUUUUUUUAGACAGAUGAUUGAUGAAUUCUAAGCUAGCUGUUGUGGCA